AUGGACAAUCCUCAGACCUCUUCCAAGCUUGCCAACAUGAAUGUUACCGCGCAACCUUCCCAGCUCACUUCUUCCGUUUCCCCGCCAGUCAAGAAGAAGGUCCUUACUCUGAAGGAGCAGCGGGAACUUAAUGUUGCGAAAGGGAAGGCCCAGUCGACUCCUAAAAUAUACACCAUCACCUCGACUAUUUCGAAGCCCGCCAGCAAGAAUUCUACAAGGUCCACACCCAAGGCACGCGGAAAAACCCCAGCCUACUAUGCUCCCAAGGCUGCCAUGAAGGAGAAUGUUCGGCCCUCUUCCAAGUUUGCCGCAAAGACUUCUACCAAACCAUCUUCAAAGGGCGCUUCUACCAUUACGUCGCCAAUUGUCAAGAAGGCCUUGACGUUGAAGGAGCAGCGGGCACUCUAUACUGCGAGACAGAAAGUAGUUGCCCCGGUUACUCGUCAGGUUGCUUCCAAGACUACAGCAAAGUCACCCACUGAGCCCUCUGCUAAGCGCGGCUCCUCUACUUCGUCAACAUCACCCAAGAGCGACAUCACCAUUUCACCGCCAGUCACCAGGAAGGCGCUUACGCUCAAGGAGCAAAUGGCGCUGUAUGCUGCCAGAGGAAAGGUCGCUGCCCCGGUUCUUCGUGAGGCUUCUACCAACAGGAACGUUGCUGCGAAGUCGCCCACGGAGCAAGCUGUUCAGCGCUACUACUCUAGUGCAUCGACUUCAACAAAAGCUUCCGCUUCCCCUUCUUCAGUCGGCUCUCGCACAAGUGUGAGCCCUUCUUCUCGGACAGCUACCAAUGCCUCUACCGGGUCAUCUUCCAGGGGCAGUUCUGGGGGUUCGGAAGCGCCUAUUUCCCAUCAGUCGGCGUGGAGAAAGGCACUAGCAAAGUUCGAGCGGGAAGAGGCCGAGGUUGCACUUCGAGAAAGUCCCCAGAAGAAGGCCACACCAGCACCGAGGACCUCCGGCUCGUACACCCUAAAAGAACAAAUGAGACUUGCCGCCGCCAAGAAUGCCGCCUCAUCGUCCAAGACAAGAGCCAUCAAGACUGCUACGGGAACUGCUUCCAAUGGUGCCACCAAAGCGACUGCUACAUCCUCUUCUACGGCUACCGAGAAGGCUCCCUUGAGGAAGAAGAGGUCACGGGAGGAGGACUUGUCAGAGGAGGAAGAUGUGCCAGAGAAGUCCAGGAACGAGCUGUCAGGUCGUCCUCAAUCGGACUAUACUAGCCGCGGCAACAAGCGCUUAAAGCGCAAUUAG